AGAGACUGAAGGAGACGAUGGAUGCUGGAAAGCUGGUGAGCGAUGAAAUGGUGGUGGAGCUGAUUGAGAAAAACCUGGAGACACCUCCCUGCAAAAACGGCUUUCUUUUGGAUGGGUUCCCUCGUACGGUGCGGCAAGCAGAGAUGCUGGAGGAGCUGAUGGAGAAAAGAAAAGAGAAACUAGAUUCUGUCAUUGAAUUCAACGUCUCUGAUUCCUUACUCAUCCGGAGAAUUACUGGAAGGCUGAUCCACCCAGGCAGUGGCCGUUCAUACCACGAAGAAUUUAACCCUCCCAAGGUCCACAUGAAGGACGAUGUAGGUAACCCUGCCGUUUAGCUGGUCCUCCUUGGGCCGUGCUCAGAUUGCCUUGGAUUGCUCUGCAGCUGCUGAGGCAGCGUUUGCUCAGG